AUGGCAGGAAAGACUCGAGUCCUCCUUAUCGGCUGCGGUGGAAUUGGUACCAUAACGGCUCUGAAUCUCGAGGCGUCAGGACAGUGCCACGUUACGGCCGUGCUUCGGUCAAACUAUGAGAUCGUUAAGGAGCGAGGCUUCUCAAUAGACAGCCUUGACCACGGCAAGGUGGAGGGGUAUCGUCCCAGUGAGAUCCGCACCACGAUCCCCGACCUCUCCAAGGAAACGGUAGCCCCCUUUGACUACAUCAUCGUCACCACCAAGAACAUACCGGACGUCCCUCCCCAUCUCCCCAGCCUCAUCGCCCCAGCUCUCACCCCAGGCCACAGCGCCAUCCUCCUGAUCCAAAACGGUCUCAACAUCCACAUCCCCUUCGCCACCGCCUUCCCCUCGGUCCCCAUCCUCUCCGGCAUCUCUCGCAUGGGCGCCAACGAGCUCGCGCCCGGCGUCAUCCUCGAGGACGACCCAGACCGCCUCUCGGUCGGCGCGUUUCCGGCCACCGAAGGAGGAGACUCACCCCCUUCAGACGCGGCAGUGGCAGCAGCCAAGCGUUUCGUCGAGUUGUACGCCGUCAGCGGCAAGGCGGUGGUCGAGUACAACGCCAACGUCAAGUUCGAGCGAUGGCGAAAGCUCUGUUACAACGCGACCUGGAACCCCGUGUGCGCGCUGACGGGCCUUGAUACGGGGCGAUUGCGGCUGGUGGGCGAGAAGGCGGACCCGUUCAGUCCUGUGAACCUGCUGCUGAGGCCGGCGAUGCGCGAGGUGCUGCGGGUGGCGAGGGCGGACGGUGCGGUGCUGGCGGCGGACGCGGAAGCGGAGGAGAAGCUGGUCGAGGGCGUGGUGGAGGCGGAGCCGCUCGAGGUUUUCUGUCAGCCUAGUAUGCUGCAGGAUGCGAAGAAGCGGAGGGUGUGGGAAGUGGAGAAUCUGCUCGGGGAUGUGGUGCGUGUGGCGGCGGACAAGGGUGUCGAAGUGCCGGCGUUGAGCGCGAUAUAUGCGCUGGCGAAGGGCAGAAUGUGGGCGUUGAAGGAGGACAUGGGGUUGAUCAAUAAGGACGAGGAGGUCCGCAAGCGUAACGAGGGCAUACAGGGCAGAUGA